UUGACGUUGCAGAUUGCAACACAAUGACGUAGCAUAUAAUCCGAUAUUUUCGUUAAAUUCCCAUUGCGACAACUCGUAAAAGUAAGAAAAAUUUCAACCAGGUCGAUGACGCGGUAUAACAAGGGAAAGAAUACCGAAAGGGUUGCCUUGCUUGAUGAUUAUGAAUCGGACGACGACUUCUUUCUUAAAGGCCCCUCUAGUGCUUCUGAUAAAGUGAAACGAGUUCAGAGUCAAGUCAAUGAAGUUGUUGAUGUAAUGCAGACAAACAUUGGAAAGGUUUUAGAACGAGGAGAUAAACUUGAAGAUUUACAGGAUAAAUCCGAAAGUUUGGCAGAUUCAGCCACACACUUUAACACACAUGCCACUCGUUUAAGAAAAAAGAUGUGGUGGAAAGACAUGAGGACAAAGAUUAUUAUUGGUGUGCUUUUGUUAAUGAUCCUUAUAAUAAUCAUUGUUUCAAUUGCUGUUAAAAACAAAGGCAGCUGAUAAUGUUUUUUUUCCAUUUUAAGGUUUAUAUUCUUUAAAUGCUGCUACAAGUGAAUAGUGAAUACAUACACCACAAAGCAAUUUAUUUACCAAAGUUGCCUUUAAUUUUCUUGUUAAAACACAUUUGAGCUUUUUAAUAAAUACUUUCUUUAUCUUUUGGUAAUGCUCUACUUUAACUGAUGGAAAUGGCCACUGUUUAACAUGUACUGUUCACAUUCUCAUCAUGCUGUAACAUACAAUGUACGCAAUCAUGCACUUAUGCAGAAAUAAGUUACCCCAUAUCUGAAUAUUAAACUAACUGUAUAAGUUUAUAUAUACCGUUGUACCUACACUUGGAUUCUUCUUUCUUGUAUGUUAAGAUACUGUAUCGUGUAUUUGUUUAAGGUUUUUGUGGUAGAAUAUCAUCCGUGUUCUCAGUUUUAUCAUAGCUUCCAUACAUGUGGUUAUUGGUACUAUAGCUGUUAUUGCUACCAUAACAAAAUUAUUUUAUAUUUUCACAGUUUUUUUCAAGAGUAAAAAAAAUAUUCAAUGUGUAAAUUUACUGUUUUUAUAAAGUACAGUCAAGUGAUAUAUAUGUAGAAUUAUUACAUUCUGUGAAAUAAAUUUAGUUAUCUUGUUUGAA